GUGCGGAGCGGAGGAGGACCGACGGCACAGGCUGUAGUUAUGCCUCAGCUCCGGGAAUACAUAUCUCCCCUCUCUGUCUCUGUCUCACACGCGCUGCUUUUUUCUCUUCUUUCCACCCCUCGAGUUCACUUUUUCCUGCCUCUUUUCUUUUGGAGAAGCCGAUAAGGGAAGCCGGCCGUGCGUCAUGGUGCGACUUUGCGCAUUAUUUCUGGAUCUUUAAAAAAAAGUGAUUUAUUUUUGCCUGGACUAAAAUGAAGCGCUUUUUCUUUGUGAAGGAGAAGAGAGGCAGCGGAUCGCAGCCCGUGUCUCUCUCUGAAUGUUUGGCUGCAGCUGCUGGUGAUCUGCGUGAAGCCGCUGAAUAAAUCGGCGGUCUCUGUAAGGAAAAAAAAGGGUUGCAGUAAGCGGCUCUUUCUCCCUCCGAUUCUCCUCUGCCCCUGACAAUGUGCCAAGUCCAUCCAACACACAGGAUCCGUUGAUUUGUGAUGGUUUCGCUUUUUUUCUUUCCCAGGAUUGAUUUUUUUGGAGGGAUUUUGGAAUUUUUGGGAUUCAAAGUGAAGGUCAAUGGAGAGAUUAGCGCAUCUCCCGUGCGUCACGGUCCCAUUUUAACACCAAAUAACGGUGGUGCGCCUGUUUUCUGCGCGCCUGUGUGCUCGUGUGUGUCUGUGUGUGUGUGAGCGCCUCUACCUCCUUUUUUCUCCUCUCCCUGCCGUGAGAACUCACCCCCUGAUUUUUUUUUUUCUCCUUCCACCCAAGGCUCACGCUGCAAAGUUAAAUGCUGGAUCUAUAUUUCAGCGACCAUUUUUGGCUGUAAAAAUGCUGAGCGGCGUCCUCUUUCUGAGCGUCCUCACGGUCACCAGCCUGUCACCGUCCGUAACGGAGAGCCUCAAAACUUCAGCCUUCAAAGAAAUCUGCAAGACCCGCUGCACCUGCGAGGAGCGGGAGAACAUUCUGAACAUCAACUGUGAGAAUAAAGGAUUUACCACUGUCAGUCAGUUCCAGGCGCCCCCAAAUAAAAUCUCCCAGCUUUUUCUAAAUGGAAACUUCCUGUCACGGCUCAGCGCCAACGAGUUUGUCAAUUACGGCAAUGUCACUUCACUGCAUCUUGGGAAUAACGGCUUGCAGGAGAUCCGAACCGGCGCUUUUAACGGGCUGCGCUUCCUGAAGCGGCUCCACUUGAACAACAACAACCUGGAGGUGAUUAAAGAGGACACCUUUGCAGGACUGGAGAGUUUGGAGUAUUUACAGGCAGACUAUAAUUAUAUCAGCACCAUAGAGCCGGGAGCUUUCAGUAAGCUGAAUAAGCUCAAAGUGUUGAUCCUAAAUGACAACCUGCUGUUGUCUUUGCCUCCCAAUAUUUUCCGCUUCGUGCUCCUCACCCACUUGGAUUUACGUGGCAACCGGCUCAAGAUGCUGCCGUUUGCCGGGGUUUUGGAGCACAUAGGAGGCAUCAUGGAGAUCCAGCUGGAGGAAAACCCAUGGAAUUGCACCUGUGAUCUGAUUCCCCUCAAAUCUUGGUUGGACACUAUUUCUGUCUUUGUUGGGGACAUAGUGUGCGAGACGCCGUUCAGGCUGCACGGUAAAGACAUCACCCAGCUCAUAAAGCAGGAUCUGUGCCCCCGUCGGAACGCCGGUGAGCGUGUUCACCCCCCCUCUGACUCUCACUUUCAGGGAGCCCUGCCACCGACCUACCACCCCGGUGUGAUCACCCCCACCCGUGCCCCGAAAGCUUCCCGUCCGCCCAAAAUGCGCUACAGGCCCACCCCUCGCAUCACAAAGGACAAACACGUCUUUGGGCCCAUAAUGGUUUACCAGACGCGCUCCCCUGUGCCCAUGUUGUGUCCCAGUGUGUGUGUGUGCACGUCACAAAACCCCGACAGCGGAUUGAACAUCAAUUGCCAGGAGCGGAAGUUGCAUAACAUCAGUGAGCUGAACCCCAAGCCCUCCUACCCAAAGAAACUCCACCUGACCGGUAACUACUUACAAGUGAUUUACAGAACUGAUCUGGCUGAGUACAGCUCACUGGAGCUGCUUCAUUUAGGAAACAACAGGAUAGCAGUGAUUCAGGAAGGGGCAUUUGAGAAUCUGACAAACCUCCGACGGCUCUAUCUGAAUGGGAAUUACAUUGAAUCACUUUCUCAAUCACUCUUCGUCGGCCUGCAGUCGCUCCAGUAUCUGUAUUUGGAAUAUAACAUCAUCAAGGACAUUCUACCACAAACAUUUAACUCUUUACAUAACCUACAGCUGCUUUUCCUGAACAACAACCUGUUAAGAUCACUCCCUGACAAUGUAUUCGGUGGCACAAUGCUAACAAGACUCAACUUGCGGAAUAAUCAUUUUUCCUACCUGCCGGUUCGAGGGGUCCUCGACCAGCUCUCUGCGUUCAUCCAGAUCGACCUACAGGAGAACCCGUGGGACUGCACCUGUGACAUUGUGGCUCUCAAAAACUGGAUGGAGCUGUCCAGUACCAGUGUGGUGGUUAACGAAAUCACUUGCGAUUCGCCCUCUAAACACGCAGGUCGCUUGCUGCGCUCGCUUCGCAACGAGGCCAUCUGCCCUGAGCCCAGCGAGGUGCCCCCGCCUCAACAUGCACCCCCUACAAAAGCCCCUACAUUAAUAAGCCCUGGCACUGAGGCUACCACCCCCUCCUCCUCCUCCUCCUCCUCUUCUUCUUCUUUUAGCUCAGUCAGCCCCACUGAAUCCCGACCCCACACUCCUGAGUUGCACCCAGAGGUCCCGCUCUCCGUCCUGAUUCUUGGGCUUCUUGUUGUUUUCAUCCUGUCAGUCUGCUUUGGCGCAGGCCUCUUUGUUUUUGUUCUGAAGCGGCGCAAAGGAGUGGAACACGUCCCCACAGGCGCCAACAACUUAGAUCUCAACUCUUUCCAAGUGCAAUAUGGCUCCUACACUCCUGAACCCACCCAAGACAAAACCUCUGAAAGUCACGUUUAUAAUUACAUCCCCCCACCUGUGGGCUCCAUGUGCCAAAACCCCAUUUACAUGCAGAAGGAUGGCGAACAGGUGGCAUAUUACCGCAAUCUGAAGGAGCUCAGCUUUGGGCCCCUGGACACAAAGAAGGAUGAUGUCCACACCCGCAGCCCAGGGGCCUACACCAUUGGCACAAUGGAUUUUAUGGAUAAAUCUCCAACAUCAUGCGGUUUGACCACCCCGGAGCCUCCUGAGAUGUUGUAUCAAAACUUAGGGGAGAGGCCCAACAAGGAGCUUCCCACGGCUGCCGGCGUCCCCCCUCCCCCUUUCCAUUACAACUUUUGCACUUUGCCUAAGAGACCUUGUAUCGUGCCCCCCUACGAGGCUGCUACAGCCCGACGGCAUGUCUCCAACCAGGACAGGUUGAACAAAACUGUGCUGUACGGGACCCCCAGGAAAUACUACGGGGCCGAACACCCCUGCAAAAACAAUGAGCACCCGCUUCUGCUCCCGGGAAAGCUAAAAACAGAACCAGACUACCUGGAGGUUCUGGAGAAACAGACUGCGAUGAGUCAACUGUAAGAUAGCGACAGUGCCCCCCCCCCUUCUACUUCUCCUCCCCAGGUUCUGUGCAGCAUUCAUAAUAAUCACGCAGUUACUGUAAUAAUAGCCCUCUCUAUAUAUCUAUCUUAUCUAUCUGUGUUCAAUCCUACACGAUUGACUGGAAGUGAACCGAAGCCUUUGAUGAUCUUUUUUCUCUCUUCUUUUUCUUCUCUUUGUUUUUUCUUUUCAAGAUGUAUAAAAGGAGCAUAAGAAGUAUAUUAUUAUGCAGUUCUAUUUUUUCUCCUGGAUGGUAUAAAUUAUUUCUUCUUUUUUGGAAAAUUCCAAAAGACUUUGAUGACGGCAGGUAUAUAAUGGGCAGGACUGUGUACAACUGUAUUUUAUUUUCCCUGUGACAAACAGAAAAAUUAUGAAAUAAUCAUUCUUUGUAGAGGAAGAAAUGCUACAGAUUGACAUUCCUGUACAUACUUAGCAUACACAGAUAAAUGGUGAGUGUUGAACCAUAAAAGAAAACCUUUUCAAAAUCCAACAAGCGGCAAAAUCUUACUCUACUUACUCCAGAAAGUGCCUUUGCACUCAACUAUUUUAUCAACAAAUGCUCUCUGCAAAAUGGAAAUGUUCCUCUUUUUUUUUUUUGAAAGUGCUGUAUUUUAAAGAAUCAAAUCUUUAUGUAAAAUAGAAGACUUAUUUGUCUGUUUAAAAAGAAAAAAAGGAAAAAAAAAUGAACUUAAGACUGGGUGUGAAAUGAUAUGUGAGUUCUUGACAGGGAGAAUCAUGUUAUUUUGCUUUCAAUAUGAAGUGUCAAUGGAGAUGUACAACGUAUAGAGAACAUUGUAUGCUAUAGGGGAGCAAUACAGCGCGGCGAAAUUGCGCCAUUAAACUUUCACUGA